AUGAGUAGUAGAUCUUUACCAUUAAUAUCCUCAAAGGAAGUACAAAUACACAAUACUGAAAAAGAUUGUUGGGUAACUUUAUAUCAAAGAAAAAUUUAUAAUAUUACAGGAUUUUUAAAUGAACAUCCAGGUGGUGGUGAUAUAAUAUUACCUUAUGCAGGUAAAGAUGUAACGGAAAUAAUGGCAGAUGUUAUAAGUCAUGAACAUUCAGAAAGUGCUUACGAAAUGUUAGAUGAUUCAAUGUUAAUUGGUUAUAUGGCUACUGCAAUUGAAGAAGAAGAAUUAAUAAAUAAUAAAAACAGAACUCCAGUUGAAAUGAAAUUAAAUUAUACAAAAGUAACACCAAAUGGUGAAGAAUAUGAUAUGUAUGAAUUCCAUGAUAAUUUACCAACAUUGGAGAAAUUAUCAAUUCAAACUGAUUUUGAAGAAGAUGCUAAAAAGCAUAAAUUUUUAGAUUUAAAUAAACCAUUAUUGAUGCAAAUAUUUAGAUCAAAUUUUAGUAAAGAAUUUUAUUUAGAUCAAGUUCAUAGACCAAGACAUUAUGGUAAAGGAUCAGCACCAUUAUUUGGUAAUUUUUUAGAACCAUUAUCAUUAACUCCAUGGUGGGUUGUACCAACAUUAUGGUUACCUUUAAAUAUGGCUCUUUUCAUAUAUGGUUUUGUUCAUUUACAUCCUUUAACAGCAAUUAGUUUUUGGGGAUUUGGAUUGUUUGUAUGGACAUUUGUUGAAUAUUGUUUACAUAGAUUUAUUUUCCAUUUAGAUGGUUAUUUACCUGAUCAUCCUGCAUUUUUAACAUUACAUUUUUUAUUACAUGGUAUACAUCAUUAUUUACCAAUGGAUGGUUAUAGAUUAGUAUUACCACCUACUUUGUUUGUUGUUUUAGCUUAUCCAUUUUAUAAAUUAAUUUUCAACUUAUUUCCAUUUUAUAUUGCUUGUGUUGGAUUUGCUGGUGGUACUUUAGGUUAUAUAAUGUAUGAUGUUACUCAUUAUGUAUUACAUCAUACUAAAUUACCUAGUUUUUUACAAGAGUUGAAAACUUAUCAUUUAGAACAUCAUUACAAAAAUUAUGAAAUGGGGUUUGGGGUUACUUCUAGAUUUUGGGAUGUUAUUUUUAAUACUGAAAUCGAUAGUACUUUUAAAGGACAUUCAGAAUAA